AUGUCCGCCACCGCCAAUCCGUUCAAUCUUCGCAAACAAUUGGCUUUCUACGGCUCAUACCAUACUGACCCGGUGAAUGUGGCAAUCCAUAUUCUUGGCGUCCCUUCCAUCAUCUUCGCUACCUCCGCCCUCCUAGCAAAGCAAGGCUCCAUGUUCCCCUUUGUUCAGGAUCACUCUCCCGUCCUCGCCGCCUACCUCUCGCAAGCCGGUUCUGCGCUCUCGGCCGUCCUGCCCGCGCAAAUAUUCCAGUAUGCACAGCUCAACGCCGCCGCUGUGUUCAUGGGCACCUACUGGCUCUACUACUCCGUGCUCGAUGCUACCGCUGCCCUGAUGCUCGCUCCUCUGUGGUACGGUCUGUGGUAUGGCUCGACCGUCCUCGCGCGCACGCACCCGGACGCUACGCGCAUCGCCAUCGGCAUCAAGGCGCUCGGUUGGAUCAGCCAAUUCUACGGUCACGGCGUCCACGAGGGUCGUGCCCCCGCUCUGCUCGACAACCUCCUCGGAGCCGUCGUCCUCGCCCCCUUCUUCGUGUUCCUCGAAGUCAUCUUCCACUUCGGCUACCGACCCGAGCUGCAGAAGCAGCUCAAGAACGAUGUCGGCAAGCUGGUGACCAAGCACAGGAUGGACAAGGCCCAGGCCAAGCGUGGCAAGGCCAACUGA